AUGAGCGACAUCCAGGUGAACGAUUUUAAGGGGCCAUUGAAUUUACCGAGUAAAUAUGUGGAGGACGCGCAACUUCCUGAUAACUGCACCUACACAGGUGGGGUCGUCGAUGACUCCAUGCACGGAGAAGGUGUUUUGACGACAGCGCUGGAUGUGUACACGGGGAGUUUCUCUUGGAACAUGCGCCAUGGGCAGGGCGUCUUCUGCUCCAAGGUGGAAAAACACCCGACGGGGGUCAGGCUGUACGAUGGUGCAUGGAACAUGGAUGAGCGGCACGGCAUUGGCAGUAUCGUGUGGUGCAACGGUGACUCCUACAAGGGGCCCUUUUUUAAGGGGAAACCGCAUGGGAAAAUGGGGUCCUACACCUUUUCGGAUGGUCGCCUCUACGAGGGGGAGUACAGGCACGGCGUUCGUCACGGCAUUGGGCGGCUGACGCAGAAAAAUGGUGAGUACUACGAGGGCGAAUUUAAAGAUGGCGCCAUGACAGGGGAGGGGAAGGGGUGGUACGCCGGGGGGAAGCGUGUUUUUGAGGGGACCUGGGAAAACGGCAAAAAGGUGCGAGGAAAAAUGACCUUUGAAGGCGGCAAACGUGUGUACAACGGUGACUGGAUGAAUGACAAGCCCCACGGAACGGGUGAAAUGGUUUUUGAGAACGGUGAUCACUACAUCGGUGAUUUUGUUCAGGGGAAUCUUCACGGCGCCGGCUCCAUUACGUAUCACUCGCAGGACGAGAGGACGUACUGCGGCUUCUUUCUGAAUAAUCAGCCACAUGGGAAGGGUGUUCUCACGAUGCCGGACGGCAGCACUGUCGUAGGCUACUUUCAGCAUGGGAAACAGCUUCCGGCGGAUGCGACGGCGGCCAUAGAGAAGGUAAUAAAAGAGACGGCAUCGUUUGCUCCCGCAGCCAUCAAGGAUGAGCAGUUGUCUGCGGAACCUACGCCUAGAUCGGCUGAUACCACACAGCUCCCAUCGCAGGUGCCAUCAUUCGGGAACGUUACAGCCGCCGCUGAGAAGAAGAAAAACGGACAGGUAUUGUCAUUCCAACCCACUCUGCCGCACCGUCAGACGGAGACAAACAAACCGUUGCCGAGUAUGGAGGCACUCGUAUCGUUACCAUCUACUUCAGUGGAAAAUCCCAGUGAAUUCACAAUGCCACAGCUCCCCAGUUUAAGUCCGCACGACUCAAUGUUGGAGCCUCGUGGGAGUUGCAGCCGUCUUAGCAAGAAGGAGGAGAGGGAGGUGUUAGUCAUCUCCACCUCUGUUGUCGCCGGUGGUGUGCCGAAUGGCUGUAAAGGAUGGAUGCACAAGUUCUCCAUUGGACGGAGUUACUUUGGUCGAAACAAUUGGCGCCGUCGGUACUUUGUUCUUGCACCCUUCAACACGAUGGUGAGUCUGAAUUACUUUAGGGACGAGUUAUGCCGCAAACCCGUGGCGUUCUUGCUUUUGAAUACAGAUGAUACCCGUAUUGUUACACGGCCAUCGUUGCGUACACACAAGGAGGCGACGCAGCCAGGGCGUGAAGUAUGCAUUAUAUAUACAGAAAAGGAAAUUGAGUACAAGUUGCUGCUCCGUGCCGAUUCCGAGGAUGAACACGAGUACUGGGUGUACACCUUGUGCAAGUUGUUUGAUAUUAUUAACUACCCCUCUGAUCUUCCCUUGCUAACGAGCAGCCAAGUUUUGGAGGCGUACCAAUAA